AUGCCUGGCCACGUCAAGAAGAGCACGGGUCCCGACCCCGAUCCCUCUGAAUACCUCUUCAUCUCGCACGAACAGAGGCGUAAAGAUCAGUCGAAACCUUAUGAUCCUAAGAAGUCCUACUGGUGUCCUGAUCCUGAUGAGGGUUUCGUCGAGAGUGAGCUUCAAGGUGCCAAGGGUGACAAGUUGGUUACAGUUAAGCUUCCUAAUGGCGAGAUGAAGGACUUCAAGAAGGAGCAGGUUGGACAGGUUAAUCCUCCCAAGUAUGAGAAGUGUGAGGAUGUGUCCAAUUUGACUUUCCUUAACGAUCCCUCAGUCUUCUACGUCCUCAAGGCCCGUUACCAGGCCAAGCUCAUCUACACCUACUCCGGUCUCUUCUGUAUCGCCGUCAACCCCUACAAGCGUUACCCCAUCUACACCAACCGUGCCGUCAAGAUCUACAUGGGCAAAAGGCGUAAUGAGGUUCCCCCUCAUCUCUUCGCCAUCUGCGACGGCGCCUAUCAGAACAUGAGCCAAGAUCGUCAGAACCAGUCUAUGCUUAUUACCGGUGAGUCAGGUGCUGGUAAGACUGAAAACACAAAGAAGGUGUUGUCUUACUUCGCUAACGUAGGCGCCACCGAAAAGAAAGAAGGCGAGAACAAACAGAACUUGGAAGACCAGAUCAUCCAGACCAAUCCCAUCCUUGAGGCCUAUGGUAACGCCAAGACCACCCGUAAUGACAACUCAUCUCGUUUCGGUAAAUUCAUCCGCGUUCACUUCGCUCCCAACGGCAAGCUCUCUGGCGCUGACAUCGAGGUCUACCUGCUGGAGAAGGCUCGUGUCAUCUCCCAGUCCCCUGCCGAGCGAGGCUACCAUAUCUUCUACCAGCUCAUGUGCGACCAAAUUGACUACAUUAAGAAAAUAUGUCUCUUGUCCAACGACAUCUACGACUACCAUUAUGAGUCCCAGGGAAAGGUCACCGUCCCAUCCAUUGAUGACAAAGAGGACAUGCAGUUCACUCAUGACGCUUUCGAUAUCCUAAACUUCUCAAACGAAGAGAGGGACAACUGCUACAGGAUCACUGCUUGUGUCAUGCACCAUGGUAACAUGAAGUUCAAGCAGAGAGGUCGUGAGGAGCAAGCUGAGCCCGACGGCACUGAGGCUGGAGAAAUUAUUGCCAAACUUCUCGGUGUUGACGCCGAGGAGCUCUACAGGAACUUCUGUAAGCCUAAGAUCAAGGUCGGUGCCGAGUUCGUCACCAAGGGUAUGGGCGUCAAUGCUGUCAACUACAACGUCGGUGCCAUGGCCAAGGGCCUCUUCUCGCGUGUGUUCUCAUGGCUCGUCAAGAAGUGUAACAUGACACUUGAAACUGGCCAGACCCGUGCUAUGUUCAUCGGCGUGCUUGAUAUUGCCGGCUUCGAGAUCUUCGAUUUCAACGGUUUCGAGCAGAUCUGCAUCAACUUCUGUAACGAGAAGUUGCAACAGUUCUUCAACCAUCACAUGUUCGUUCUGGAACAAGAAGAAUACGCAAAGGAGGGUAUUGUCUGGCAGUUCGUCGACUUCGGUAUGGAUCUGCAGGCUUGCAUUGAGCUUUUCGAGAAGAAAAUGGGUCUCCUCUCCAUCCUCGAGGAAGAGUCCAUGUUCCCCAAGGCUACUGACAAGACCUUCGAGGAGAAGCUCAACAACAACCAUCUCGGAAAGUCUCGCUGCUUCAUCAAGCCCAAGCCUCCAAAGCCCGGCCAGCCUGACAACCACUUUGCCAUCGUUCACUACGCUGGUACUGUGUCCUACAACCUCACUGGCUGGCUUGAGAAGAACAAGGAUCCUCUCAACGACACCGUCGUCGACCAGCUCAAGAAGGCCUCCAACGACCUCACAGUCGAGAUCUUCGCUGAUCAUCCAGGCCAGUCCGGUGAUGCAGGCGGCAAGGGGAAAGGUGGCAAGCAGCAAACCGGCUUCAAGACUGUAUCUUCCGGUUACAAGGAUCAGCUUAACAACUUGAUGAAAACGCUCAACGCCACUCAUCCUCACUUCAUCCGCUGCAUUGUGCCCAACGAAUUCAAGAAGCCUGGUGAAGUCGAUGCUGGCCUCAUCAUGCAUCAGCUGACCUGCAACGGUGUACUUGAGGGCAUCCGUAUUUGCCAGAAGGGAUUUCCCAAUAGGAUGCCGUAUACUGACUUCAAGCAGCGCUACAACAUCCUGGCUGCUCAGGAGAUGAUCGAGGCGAAAGACAACAAGAAGGCUGCAGAAGCUUGCUUCCAAAAGGCCGGUCUUGAUCCUGAAUUGUAUCGCUGCGGUAACACUAAGGUGUUCUUCCGUGCCGGUGUACUAGGUAGACUCGAGGAGAUCCGUGAAGACCGCGUGGUCCUGCUCCUCACCUGGUUCCAAGCAUGGGUUCGUGGCUACAUCAGCCGCAAAUUCUACUCCAAGAUGCAGAAGCAGCGCACUGCCCUCAUUGUCAUGCAGCGCAACCUCAGGAAGUUCAAAAUCAUGCGAUCCUGGCUCUGGUACGAGCUGUGGAUUAAGCUCAGACCCAGGCUCUCUGCCAGUCGAGCUGAGGAUGAGAUGGCAAAACUCGAAGACACUGCCAAAAAGGCGGAGGCCGAAUACGAAAAGGAGGUUAAGGUCCGCCAAGAACUUGAAGUCAAGAACGCUGCUCUUCUUGAGGAAAGAGCUGAGCUCAUGCUGGCUCUGGACUCUUCCAAAGGUGGUAUGUCCGAGUACAUGGACAGGCAAGCCAAAAUGCAGGCACAGAAAGGAGAAAUUGAGGCACAACUCAACGAAACACUGGAACGCCUUCGCAAAGAAGAAGAAGCUCGCAACCAGAUUGCCAAUGGCAAGAAGAAGUGCGAACAAGAGGUUGCAAAUCUUAAGAAGGAACUCGAGGACCUUGAGCUAACUGUACAGAAGGGUGAACAGGAUAAAGGCACUAAGGAGGAACAAAUUCACAAUCUCAAUGAGGAGAUUGCCCACCAGGAAGAACUCAUUACUAAAGUUAACAAGGAGAAGAAACACCUUCAGGAAUGCAACCAAAAGACUGCUGAGGAUAUCCAGUGUAUUGAAGAUAAGUGCAACCAUUUAAGCAAGAUGAAGACUAAGUUGGAGUCCACUCUUGACGAACUUGAAGAUUCUCUUGAGCGUGAAAAGAAGCUUCGCGCUGAAGUUGAGAAGUCGAAGAGGAAGGUUGAGGGUGACCUCAGGCUGACCCAGGAAGCUGUUACUGAUUUGGAGCGUAAUUUCAAGGAACUCGAAGCGGCUGUUGAACGUAAAGACAAGGAAAUUUCUGCCAUUACAUGUAAAAUCGAGGAUGAACAGGCUCUUGUCUACAGGGACCAGAGGCAGAUCAAAGAACUUCAGGCUCGCCUCGAAGAACUCGAGGAAGAAGUUGAACAUGAACGUCAAGCACGCAGCAAGGCUGAAAAGGCCAAGAAUCUCCUCUCUCGCGAACUGGGAGAACUUGGAGAGCGACUGGACGAAGCCGGUGGUGCCACUGCCACGCAGAUCGAGAUCAAUAAGAAGCGAGAGAGUGAACUGGCCAAGGUCCGCCGUGACAUUGAAGAGGCCAAUCUGCAGCAUGAAGCUGCUCUUGCCACUCUCCGUAAAAAGCAUAAUGAUGCUGUAACUGAGAUGUCCGAACAGAUCGAUUAUCUUAAUAAGAUGAAAGCAAGGGCUGAGAAGGACAAAGAUGCCAUGAAACGUGAUGCUGAUGAUUCAAGAGCUUCCAUGGAUACUCUUGCUCGUGACAAG